GGUUCUUCCCCUUCUUAGCGACCAAGUGGAAAGCGAACACUCUAGAACACAGAAGCUGAGACGAUGGCCUCGGAGACCUCUGUCCUUGCUGUGUUCAUCUUUACCUUCCUGAUCGGCAUUCCAUCCAACCUCCUGGCCUUCUACACGUUUCUGGUGAAACUGCGCCGCAAGCCGACCCCCAUAGACGUCCUGUUGCUCAACUUGACCCUUUCUGAUAUUCUCCUUCUGCUUUUUCUGCCUCUUAAGAUGGUGGAGGUCUCUUCCCACAUGACCUGGCCUCUCCCCCCUUCCCUCUGCCCUCUCACCAGCUGCUGCUUCUACGGAAGCAUGUACCUCAGCAUCCUUUCACUCACGUCAAUCAGCGUGGACCGCUACCUGGGUGUUGCAUAUCCCAUCAAAUACAAGUUGCAUCGCAGGCCUGUCUAUGCUCUGGUGACCAGCAUCAUGCUCUGGUUGUUGGGGGGCUUCCACUGCAGCAUUAUCUACAUUGUCAGAUACGGAGGUUCCAACGAGAACCUUCCAUUCCCUCCUAACAGCUCCCGUUGCUAUGAGAAUUUCUCCCCCGAGCAGUUCCGUGUGAUCUUCUCUCUCCGUCUGGAACUGUGCCUCGUCUUCUUCUGCCUCCCUUUCAUCAUCACCCUCUUCUGCUACGUGAACAUUAUCCGCAUCCUGAAUUCCCUUUCCAACGUGCAGGCUGGCAGGAAGCGACGGGCCAUGGGCCUGGCUGUGGCGACAUUGCUCAAUUUCACCAUCUGUUUUGCUCCGUACAACAUUUCCCAUAUUGUGGGGUUCAUCCAGAACCAGAGUCCACCGUGGAGAGUGGAAGGUUUCCUCCUCAGCACCCUCAAUACCUCUAUGGAUCCUUUCAUCUUCUUCUUCUCUUCCAAGGCCAUCCGACAGACCUUGAGCGACUGUUGGGGCAGCGUGUGUCACAAGCUCCAGGCUGUAAUGCCCUGCUUUAAACACCCUACAGAUGAUGAUGGUGAUGAAGGAGCAGAUGCUGGCCGGUUCUCUAGUUCACAUCUCCAGAGUGGACUCAAAGGAGAUGAUGCCCAGACAGAAGUCUUCUUGGACCAACCUGCAAAGACUCAUUCGGUCAGAGCUGAGGGCAAUCCACAGCAAGCACCACGCACAGCGCAUUAG